UGCACAGUGUGCCUUGGACGCAACCCCCAUAGAACAAUUGAAUGCUCGGCCACACACACGUGGGAUAGGCAACAUGAAACCUUUGCAGAGCGCAUAAGUAAAGGCCUCUGGUCCAAGGAAGGAAAGCAGUUGUGCACAGCAUGGCAAAGAGAUGAGGGAUGCACCAUGCCCAAGCACGACUCAAGACAUUACUGUUCC